AUGUAGCUUCUCAGCUACAGAAAAAAUUUGCUGCAAAUAGCAAUAAAAAAAGAAAUUGGAGAAAUUCAUGAAGAAUCGAAUAAUGUAAAAUUAAUAACAAUUCCUUCUUUUAUGGUGAAAUAAAAAUAAAUAUCAAGCAAUAAUCACUCAUAAAAUUUGUAAAAUUUAAAAAAUUAUAUGAGAAGAGAAUAUAGAUAAGAUAGAGUAAACGAAUUUAAUGAGCCAGCUGUAAGAUUUAAUACUAAUUAGACUGACAGAGAAUAUUUUACAGCUGUAUCAAGACAUCAUAUUCCUGAAAAAGGUGGUUAUGAUCUUGAUCAGCAAAAAUUAGUUAGCCUCUAUUUACCUUGUAGGUUGAUCACUUACUUUUUAUGCAAGGAGAUUUGCUAUAAAAUCUUUAAUGCCUCCACUUUAAUAAAUUUAGAAAAAGUAAAAUGA